AUGAUGAAGCCGAGUAUUGAGCAUUUGCGUGUGUUUGGAUCGCAAGGGUAUGCUCACAUUGACGACGAAAAGAGGAAGAAGCUCGAACCAAAGAGCUACCUGUGUGUAUUCCUCGGAUAUGCGGAGAACUCCCGGGGAUACAGGGUGUUUAGUCUGGAAAGGUCGAAGGUUGUCAUAUCGCGCUCCGUAAAGCUGGACGAGCGGGAAGUUGAAGGCAUACACGACACGGUGGUACCUGAGAAAGUACUAGUCAUCAAGUAUUUUUGGGACACUGAUGAAGCAGUGAUUCCGGUGGUUCGUCCGCCCGAUGGAGACGAGACGAUGUAA